AUGGAAUAUUUUACAAAUCGGCAUGGACUGCAACUGGCUUACUAUAUGUCAAUAAAAUACCCAGAAGUCAAAAAAAUCUAUCUCAUCUGCCCAAUGUGGCCUUCCGAGCUUUUUUUCUUAUCUGAAUUUAUUUUUGAGCAUCUUGAUGCAAAUACUUUCAAAAUAGAUAUUACUGGGAGCGGAAAUAGCCAAGGAGAGCAUUCAUAUGCUGGAUUUAUAAGGGAUUCAGCAGAUAUAGAUGACGCUGUUAAAUUUCUAACUUCCAGAGAUUAUAAAGUUGAAGGAAUUAUUGGGCAGUACAAGCCAGCUAUUAGUUCGAUUAUUUACUCGGCUUUAUAUGGAGAUGUAAAAACAAUUAUUUCAAUAUCGCCACGAUACAAUAUGAUGGAUCUUCCAGUAUUUUUGCAGGAUGUUAAUGAAUUAUUGAUGGAAAACAGUAAAGCGAUUCAUCGUGGUUUAGGGAGAGAGUGAAUAUGCUCGAGAGAAGAAAUGGAUGAAUUUAGGAACCUCGAUAUGAAAUAUUACUGUGAAAGAGUUAAAGGAGACAUUUACAUUAUUCACGGAGAUGCUGAUACGUUCUGUUCUCCUUCUGAUGCACAGGAGUACUUAAAGGAAUUAAAAGAAAAAUGCAAAGGGAUUUAUACACUGAAUAGCGAUCAAUUUUUUAUUGGAGUUUUUGAUGAAAUCGUCGAGAUAAUUGAAAAAAUUAUUUCUAAUAAUUAA